AUGGCAGACAUGACGAAUCCUCCGGUAGUUAUCACCGUCAUUUGCCCUCACAAAUUCUGCGAUCGGGGAGAGAGCAUUCCAGUCCCGGAAGUAGAAGUGGAAUCGAAUUCAACGGCUUCAUCUUCAUCAAAUCGUGGAACUAGAGCAGGGAGGUUCGUGUUGGCAGGGCUCAUGCAUGUAGAAAUGGCACUACCCCUCACCGGAAUGAUUGCCUACUACAUCAACAUGCUUCAGAAUGAUAUCUCAUAA